AUGACUGGCGAACCGAUACCACCCAGAAGAAGAUUCUCUGUUCAAGAAAAGCCAAGUGUUCGCCUCCUUGGAACCCCGCUGGGCGGAAGCAGUGUGCUCCAUCAGUCGUCAUCCGUCCAGACCGGAGGAGUGGGACUUGUGGAUGCUCACAUUGGAUCGGCUUUGCGAUCAUCGGACGGGAGCCGUGUGAAAUGGUUCUUCAGACGAGCCUUCGCUUUGAGCAACCAGUUUUAG